CCCCGUGACGUCCCGAGCUGAGGCGCUAUAGCUGUCUGUACCGCUGUCAUGGCGUCUACGCCUCUCUCUGAAGAGAAGCGGGCAAGCUCUAGAUAGAGUCAGGGGCUGGCGGCUCGGCAUGGAGAACAACCCCGAGAGCCGACAGCCGCUAGGACAGGGGGCGGAGGCGGUCGCUGCGCCGGCAGCAGGGACGGCUUUUCUCGAGGGAGGGGCAGAUGAAAACAAGAUCGGCACCGGGUACAACCCUGAAGCGAAGCCGUCUGCAGAACCGAGCAGCGCCCGCGAUGGGCAGGGGGCAGCGGCCGGCCCCGGGAGCCGCCCGCAAGCGCAUUCUCCCGGGGUCACCGUUGCGGACCCCGGCCCCGGUGUUUCCCACCCGGGCUCGGAGCAGAAGCACACCCGAGAGAGCUCCACGGCCUCGGAGGCUCCGAGAGGGCAGCACAAGGUGACCGCUGCCUCCGAGAAAACCGAGGCCGGAGGAGGAGCGGCUCCCGCGGGGACGUGUCCGCCGGCGGCCAGGGAUGCCGGCGGCGGCCUGAGCAGCAGUAGCAGCCCCAGCAGCAGCAGCAGCAGCCCCAGCAGCAGCAGCGUCCCGAGCCCUCCGGGGGAAUCUCCGAGCCUGGAUUCCCUGGAGUCGUUCUCUAAUCUACAUUCUUGUCCCAGCAGCUCGGAAUUCUGCAGUGAGGAUGGGCCCGAGCCCAAGGGCCCGGAGGAGAUCGCAUCGGGCGGAGCUGCCCCUCUCUGUAAGGAGGAGGGAGAGGCCGCUCAGGUGUUGGCGGCCUCCAAAGAGCGCUUCCCGGGACAAUCUGUAUAUCACAUCAAGUGGAUCCAGUGGAAGGAAGAGAACACGCCCAUUAUCACCCAGAACGAAAACGGACCCUGCCCUUUGCUGGCCAUCCUCAAUGUAUUGUUCCUGGCGUGGAAGGUAAAACUGCCACCAAUGAUGGAAAUCAUAACUGCUGAACAGCUGAUGGAAUAUUUAGGAGAUUACAUCCUUGAUGCAAAACCAAAAGAAAUUUCAGAAAUUCAACGUCUAAACUAUGAGCAGAAUAUGAGUGAUGCUAUGGCAAUUCUGCACAAACUACAGACAGGUCUGGAUGUAAAUGUGAAAUUCACUGGUGUCCGAACAUUUGAAUAUACACCCGAGUGCAUUGUGUUUGAUCUUCUUGAUAUUCCAUUGUACCAUGGAUGGUUAGUGGACCCUCAGAUUACUGAUAUUGUGAAAGCAGUUGGUAAUUGCAGCUACAACCAGUUGGUGGAGAAGAUCAUUUCCUGUAAGCAAUCAGACAACAGCGAGCUGGUUAGUGAAGGCUUUGUAGCUGAGCAGUUUCUAAAUAACACAGCCACUCAACUGACAUAUCAUGGAUUAUGUGAACUUACGUCAGCAGUUCAGGAAGGAGAACUUUGUGUAUUCUUUCGGAACAAUCAUUUUAGCACCAUGACCAAAUACAAGGGUCAACUAUAUUUGCUGGUAACUGACCAGGGCUUUCUUACCGAAGAAAAAGUUGUUUGGGAAAGUCUACAUAAUGUAGAUGGCGAUGGAAAUUUCUGUGACUCAGAAUUCCGUCUGAGGCCUCCCUCAGAUCCAGAAACUGUAUAUAGAGGGCAACAAGACCAGAUUGAUCAGGACUAUUAUGUGGCCUUGUCUCUACAACAAGAACAGCAGAGCCAAGAGAUCAAUUGGGAACAAAUCCCAGAAGGAAUCAGUGAUCUGGAACUAGCCAAGAAACUCCAAGAGGAAGAAGAUAGACGGGCUUCUCAAUAUUAUCAGGAACAAGAGCAAGCAGCAGCAGCUGCAGCCGCAGCCACAGCCACAGCUGCAGCCGCAGCCGCUGCUACACAAGCCCAGCAGGGCCAGCCAGCACAAGUAACUGCCUCUCCAUUAAGUGGAAGACAAUCUGGGAGUAAUGAACGGAAACGCAAAGAACCUCGGGAAAAAGACAAAGAAAAGGAAAAGGAGAAAAAUAGUUGUGUCAUUCUGUAACAGGUGUUGGAUUCUGUUGGAGCCAAGUACUUGCCCUGAGAAACAAAACCAUGGGAUGAAAGGAAGAAAAACCGUUCCAUACCGUCUGUGCCUGAUUACCCAGCGGAUUUUGUUCGUCUUUUAAAAGGAAGAAGUUGCUACUUAGUUACAAUCAGACUCAGAGUUGCACAGUGCACUCGUUAUGAGCUGGAAUUCCUUGUUACAAGUUGGAAGUGUCUGUAUCAUCCAUCAUGAAAAAUACCGCACUUUGUAGUUGAACAUGCAAAUCACAGCAAGUUUUGUGUCAUAGUGACAUUUUGUUACUCAUCAGUUAGUAAGCUAUAGCAUCUUCUGUUCUAACAAUGAAAGGAGAUAAUUGGUUUUGUUAGAUUCCUUCCUGAAAUCAAAAUAUCAGAAUAAUUUUUAAAAAUUAAUUUCAAGGAUUUAUUUAUGACCAAUGUAAAAACAUUGUUGCCUGUAAGAAGCUAGGCCUUUCACUUAAGUGCUCAUUGCUUCAAAUAUUGGAAUUUUUUUUAAACCUACAUGUAUAUAUUAGGACUUUACCACCAUUACCCCAUAAAUACCUUUACCUCUUCUUGAAGAACAUGUUCAUUUUAGUUACCAUCUCUUUGAGGAUUAAGAAUGGAGCCUCAUUUGAUUAAAAUGGGGGGGAGGGUGGUCAAAAUAAAGAUCUGUAAUCCUUUUUCCCACAAUAGACAAGUGGGUAUAAUAUUAAUACUCUUAUUCUGUCAGGAUAGAUAGAAAUGAUUUUAUAGUUAUGUGAAAGUUUAUUGUUUUGGUUUGGCUUAGCAUUCGUUAUUAUAGGUAAAUUGGACCACACAAUUCUUACUUAGUGACCAUGUGAUAAGCAACUAGUGGGAGGAAACUAGAAUGUAUAAUAAUAGUGUUGUAAAAAUGCAAAUGUAGGAAUCCAGAAUUAACUAAUAUCUGCCUUUUUUCAUAAAAACCUUGAACCUUAACACUAAGAUUAUGUCCACUUGCCCAUUUAAGCAAGUAAAUUAAAUAUAAAUAUUUUUUUAAAAUCACGAAUAAACAAAAAGCACACUUCAGAAUGGGAUUUUAAGAGGUCCAGAUGUUCUUUUAGUCUGAUGGAAAGGCACUCAUUUGUAAUAUCACUGUCUUAUUUCAGCCAAUAGGUUAGAAUUUGGGGAAACUUAUGUAGAAGCAAUCAGAUUUUCUAAUUUAUGGGAACCAAAUAAAUAUGUAAAUCUAAUAAUCUUUAUAGGAUUCAGAAAGAAUAUUUGUUGAACUUUAUUAUGAGGGAACCAUAAAUUCUCCUGUAUUUCCAGAUACAAUUAAGAAAAUAAUUAUCUUAAUAGUCUUUUUGAUAAGCUUUCUAUGUAGCAGUUUAUUUUAGUCAUUUUGGAAAAAAUUGUUGCUGCUCCAGAAAGUGUUGUGAUUCCCAAUCUAAGCCUAGGUAAGUACAUUUACUUAAGAACACCAUAAAUUGUUCUAGGCAUCCAUCUGGAAAAUAACUUUUCUGGUUUGGGAUGACGAUAGACUGCUUAAAAGUAGUCUAGAAUUUUAAUGAUGACUCCUUUAGCUACUACUAUGAUCAAAAACCAAGUGUAAUAUAAUUUCUUAUAGAAAAAGUAGAAUUUUAUUUAUGGAUGGAAUAAUUAGACAAAGUCCAGGGUUAAGCUGAAUCAUUAUAUCCCUCUAUAUUGCUUAUCUGUUGUACAUUACAGAGUUGACCAUACCUUCAACUUUGCUAUACUAACGAACAGUUGAAGAUCCCAUUUUGGACAUAAAACUUUGAUAUACAUUGUUUUUUGGAUCUCUUGAUAAUUGUUGGCAAUUAAUCAUACAUUGAUGACCUAAUAAAAUGUAUGACAUCAUUCUUUGUAGAAGCAAACAAAUUAACUUCCAUCCCAAUACUGAAGCUGUCAAAUUUAUGCUUGAUAAUAGACUAACAAACACCGUGAUUUAUUUUCUUUACCCAAAAGAGAUCAUACCAGUUGGAGUGACAAAUUAAAAACAAGAAAUUAAAGAAAAUCCAAUCCAUAACUAAUGCAGAUUGUCCCACAGUCAUGUACUUAAAUUUAUUUAUUGCUUUUGAAAAAAUAAAUGUGUAAAAGUUAAUCAUUAUCUUCUAGUUGUUUCCAAAGAUAAUACUGCCAUCCUGUAUUCCCACUGAAAAAUUAUUCACUUAAACCAGCACUGUUAAUAUCAGAGCAAUCUCAAUGUAUAAUUAUAAGAAAAUACUGAAAAUUUUAAUGUAUUUGUUAAUACCACAGUUUUAUAUAUAGUAUUUCCAGGUCUUUCUUACAUUCCUGAAAUUCAGUUUGAUGUAUUAAGGGUAAUAAUGAUUAAAAAAAGUUCUUUUUGAUUAUUAUAGAAAGUAAAGGGGAAAAAAUAAUGUCCUGUGCCAUUAAAAAAAAAACCCUUUCAGAUAUUUUUAUUUCCCUUCAAUGAAGAGGUUAUCAAGAAUUUCAGAGCAACUCUAGCUUACUUUUCAAUAUUUUGUAUUUUUCUCCACAGAUUAUUAGUAUUCAGACAUUGAGUUGCUGGUUUGCGUGUCUUUUGCAUUUGAUAGUUGUAUAUUGUAGUAUUUCCCUGACAGCCUGAACUUGUAGUGACUGAAAUUCAAUAUCCUCUGUGGGUUACAUCUUAAGAGAAUAACACGUUUAGUUUCUGAUACUCACAGAGUCUAAUCUGCAUACAGGAAAUCUUUAUCAUCUGGCAAAAGAGGCAGGGCAGGGAAUGGACACAGGAGCUGGACUGUCUUACAUGCAGACUUCCUGCACUUGGCUCCUCCCACCGAGUGAUGCAAUGCAGACAGCAGUGCUUCAAGGUUUUAUGUGUAUGUUGCAAGCAUUUAAAUUUACUUUAUAGUUUUAUCUUUAAGAAUCCGUUACAUGUUUAUGUAUAUAUGUGCAUACAUGUGUGUGUACAUGCAUACAUCUCAUGCUACUCUACACCCAGAGAAGCUCAAGUACAAACUGCAGUAAACAUCAUAAUUCACUGGCUAAUAUUUAUGUCAGUUACACCCCCUGCUUGGGAAGUGAGCAUUUCUAUGUGAGAGAUGAGUAUAGUUAGAGUGAAGCUUCAGUUUACGGCUAGAAUUUGGAGUGUAUCAUUAUCCCUGUUGCAUAUUCUGUGCCCUUCGCUUUUUGUCCUGUCUUAUGGACAGAACUCUUCCCUUUUAGUUCCAAUUUGCUCAAAUUUGUUAAUAUUAGAUUAGCUGGCUGAUCAACAUUAGUCACUUCAGACUUAAAAGCCAUAACACGAUUACGUGAAUUGUUUGUUUUGUUUCCAAGCAUUUUGUUUCUGAGUUGUGAAUCAGGGCUCUACUCACCUAGGGACAGAGGGCCUUAUUGUGUAAGCAAGUUUAAGAAAAUCUGUACAGAAAGUUGAACAUAGACUGGGGAAACAAUGACAAGUGGAUUUCAUUAAAGUGGUAGUACACAGAAAUGUCAUAAAACUGCAGGAAAAAAAUUCGUGAUAGGAGAAUUUCCAGAGCAAUGCUUAAGCAGUCAUAACUUUUAGUAAAAUACAUUUUGUACUGCCUUUCAAGUGCUUUGUUUUAAUGUUUUCCUGUUUGAUGUGCCAGGUGAUUCAAAGCCCACAAAAAGGAAGGCUUAUAUGCUUUAUAUCUGAGUUCUCUGUUAGCCACAUAGUAGCUUAAUUAAAGAUCUGAUGUUAAAACUUGCUAGUAUCUGAUAUAAUUUAAUAAACCAUACAAGGUAUCUGUACAAUUUUGUAGUAGAGAAGGAGUAGCUUAGUCUUUAACAGAGCUGAAAAUCUAGAGUCCUGAGGUGUGUUGGUUCUAAAAGGUAGCCUCCUACCUUUCUUUGGUCAAGUAGAUAAACUUCCUGUGCCUCAGUUUUAAUCUGUAAAUGGAAACAAUCCUUGUUUGUCUUUUGGACCCAUGAAUAAAUGGCACAGUAUAAGCACAAGGUAUUAUUUAUAGUAGUCACAUGUAUUGUACACUUUUAACUGAAAUGCAUUCUGAGAACCAUUUUCCAUUCAACCAUGUCAUUUUGAAGUAAAAUUGCUUGCUAAAAGAUUUGUUUCCAGGUCAGCUUUUCUGUGUAGUCAUAUGUGUUGUACUAUCUUCUCUUGUUAAAAUGUGGCAUCUCCCUAAAGUAUUUUUCAGAAUGCUUUUAUACUGUGAAGGGUGCAGUAAGAGAUUGGUCCUGUCAAAACAGGGGUAUCUGGUGGAAAACUUUUAGCAACCUAUUUUUUAUUCAAAUCUCUUUCGUAGAUUAAAAACAAAUUUUUAAUUAUGUAAACCUGCUGUCCAGUGAAAUAAAGUCAUCAA